AUGGCUGAAUCUGCGCCUCAGCAUUCGAAAGCGCCCUCGCGAUCGUUCCGUUCCUUCAUUUGGGACACGGAUACACACCUCAAGAGCCAUGAGGAACGUGUGUUACUUCGAAAGUUGGAUUGGUCAAUUUUGACCAUAGGAUGCCUGGGCUUCUUCAUGAAGUAUCUCGAUCAAGGGAACCUGGCAAACGCCUACGUCUCGGGAAUGCAAGAGGACCUCAAGAUGUUUGGGAACGAGUACACCUAUGCUCAAAUGGUCUACACAUGCGCGUAUGCGGUGAUGCAGAUUCCCAGCACGUUGAUUGUCCAAAAGAUUAGACCGAGCAUUUGGCUAGCCGCGAUGGAAGUCGGAUGGGGAGUCUUUACAUUUGCCCAAGCAGGGACGCAGAAUGUGGGCCAACUCUACGCAUUCCGCUUCCUCGUUGGUUUCUUUGAGAGCUCCUUCUUUCCAGUACUGCUUUACGUUCUAGGUAGUUGGUACACCAAGACCGAGCUUGCAAAGAGAGUCGCCAUUUUCCACAUGACUGCUCCCCUGGGCUCGGCUUUUGGCGGGUAUCUGCAAGCGGCAGUUUACGAGAGCCUCGACGGUGCCCAUGGCCAUGCUGGAUGGCGCUGGCUAUAUAUCGUCUGUGGAUGCAUGACAAUUCCCGUUGGCGUUGCCACUCUUUUCGUCCUACCAGAUACACCGUACACCACCAAGUCCAAGUUCCUGACUGCCAAAGAAUGCGAGUUGGCGAUUGAUCGAGUCACCAAAGCUGGUAAAGCGGCACCCGCGGGAAUUACCCUGGCGACUUUCAAGAGAGUCCUCUUGAAGUGGAGAUGGUAUGCUUUUGUCCUGGGCUACGUGCUUUACGGAGAGUCUUGUCAAGCGGGCGGAUACUUUGCUAUCUGGCUCAAGGCAGAAAAGUUCUCUGUUGUAGACAGGAACGUCAUUCCGACGGGAUCAAAGCUCAUUAGUGCUUUCUGUAUCAUUCUUUGGGGAUUCCUGUCCGACUACACCGGGAGCCGCUUUGCCUUGAUCAUUUGUCCAUUGUUGUUGGCUUUAAUCCCAAAUGGCAUCUUGGCUUUUUGGCCUCCAAGUGUGCAACUGAAGUUGUUUGCUUUUUUGACCAGCAGCGUGCAUCUUAUGACUGCAGUAUUCUACACCUGGGCCAAUGAAAUAUGUGCUGGCGACAACGAGGAGCGCGCCUUGGUGAUCAGCAGCAUGAACGGAAUGCAAUACGCCGUCGACGCUUGGCUUCCCCUCAUCAUCUUUCCUCAAACCAUGGCUCCAACAUUUAGAUACGGUUUUCCUGCGACGUUUGGUUUCAUCAUUGCUGCAAUUAUUGCAGUGAUCGGCAUUCGCCUGCUGGUCUUGCGAGAGCAGAAACACAGUUCUCGGGACGGGGAGACCACUUUGGAAUCUGGCCAGGUGGAAUAUCACCCCGAGGGAAACGAGAGCAUUGGAGAAAGUGACCAUGUUGACAAGAAGUAG